AUGUCUUCUUCAACUUCGACCCCAACCUGCGUCGCCAUCGCCACGGAUUCACAUGCUGACGACGUCUCCAACUUCAUUUCCAUCAUCACGGCGGCUUUUUCCAGCACCGCCCUGACCACAGCGUUCAUCGUAGAUAUCGACGGCACACCACCACCGUUUCCCUCCCCACUGAUCGACACUGCUCGACGACAGAGACAUUUCUCGCGGGGGAUCCUCGAGAGUGCCGCUUCCGGGGCUGAGCUGGUCCAAGCCGGGGACUGGUCUGCCAUUGCGUUGUGGGAGACGCCCACGUACCAGGGCAAACCGUUCAUGGACUCCAAGGCGCAACCAGGCCCGCUGCUGAGCGAAUGGAGAGCCCGAGUCAAGUCGGCGAAGCAGACAUAUUUAGCGGCACCCUCGUCCUCUUCUUCUAGCAGCUCUGCAGCCGCAAACCCGGAGGAAUCGACAUCAAACACACCGUCAGGCUCAGUGUCUGAAGACUCUAGCUCCGACCACCAACACGCCCAGGACAGCCAAGACCAGCCACUCCGCCCUUUCUACCACCUCUCAUUCCUGGCGCGGAACCCUGCAAGGCCCCGCGUCCCGGGCAGCAUCAACGCCGUCAUGACCCCGUUCCUGGAGCGCGCCAAGGCCGAAGGCGUGCCUGCAUGGCUAGAGGCCACGACGCCGCAAGCCGUGCGGCUGUACGAGCGUUUCGGAUUCCGGGUCGUCGAGGAGAUCGUCGUGGGCAAGGGCCGUGUCGACGCUCUAGGGUGGCCCGCUCAAGGCGAGAAUGCCGGGGGCGUGACGGCCUGGGCCAUGAUUUUCGAUUCCCAUCUUUGA